AUGGCGAACAUUAGCUUAACCAAUGAGAAGGCUAUGGAAGAGAAAGCAUUUGAGACUUGUCCUAACAAGAAACAACUUUGUGAUAGUAUCAUAAAAGUUAGAGUUCCCGUGGGCAAAGCACUUUCAAAUUUCAAUUUCUUGACUAUAAUCAACGUAAGUUUUACUAAUCUAGAGGAUGAAGGUAGUAAAGCUCUAGUAAACGCUCUUGAGAACUCUGCUCCAUCUCUUAAAGCUAUAGAAAUUGCUGGAAACAACAUAACCUAUGAGGCGGCUUAUGAUAUCUCAGCUUGUUUGGCAGAAAAGUUACAUCUGAAGAGGUUGAACUUGUCGAAUAAUGAUCUAAGAGAUGAGGGAUGUUCUGAUAUUGUUUAUAUUAUAGAGUCUUUGGAGUUGAAGUAUGUUGAUAUGAGUUAUAAUGGCCUGAGAGAAGAAGGAGCAUUGAGCUUGGCUUAUGCUGUUGUCAAUAAAGAAGGUUUUGAGAUGUUGAACAUUGAUGGGAAUAUGAUUUCAUAUGAAGGGGUUGAAGAAGUUAGGGAGAUAUUCAAGAAUUGUCCUGAGUUACUUGGACCCUUGGAUGAGAAUGACCCUGAUGAAGGUUAUGAAGAUGAUGAAUAUGAUGUGGAUGAUGAAUAUGAUGUGGAUGAUGAUCAAGGGUGGGAAAGAGAGUAUAUUGAAGAUUAUGAAGAUGAAUUUGUGAGUGUAUUUUACUUUUAUUAG